GUUAGGAGUAGUUGAGCUAAGACUAACUCCAACAACUUCUCAUGAGCGUAUUUUUCUCUCUCAAUGGACUGCACCAAAUAGCUCUGUGGGAGUAUGCUGGUUGUCACCAUGCCGUCAGAGGUUUCUUUAAGUUUCUAAAGUGUUCGCAGGAGAAAACAUAUUCCUGGAAGAGUCUCCUAACUGGACCUCAGGUCUGAGGUUAGACGAGGUACCGAAGAUGGCAGCACCUGGAACAAAGCUGUUUAUUUUAGUCCAAUGUCUCCUUGUGACAAGGUAUCAUGGAGUAAUGGGAAAAGGAGAAGACACCUCUCUGCUAAGUUUCACGCAUCAUCUUUACAAUGCCUCUAUCAAUGAAAACUCUGCCCCACGGAUGUAUGUUGAGAUGCCCGUGAAGACAGGUAUUCAGCUGAUAGACCCACUCUGGACAAUCAAAUAUAACAUCAUUGCCGGCGACGACGACGAUUUGUUUCAAGCAGAGGCUCUCUCGGUUGGGGAUUUCUGUUUCCUCAGGAUCAAAACUCGCAGCAGUAACUCAGCACUGUUAAACAGGGAAGUCAGAGACAGCUAUACUCUCACAGUAGAAGCAAGAGAACAAACUUUUGCAUCCCAGGCAAAGACAAAGGUGUUUGUCCAGGUGCUCGACACCAACGACUUAAAGCCUCUCUUCUACCCUGCAUCGUACAAUGUGAACAUCAGGGAGGACACUCCGCUCAAGUCGCGUGUGGUCCAAGUCACUGCUACAGAUGCUGACAUGGGGAGCAAUGCUGAGUUUUUUUACUCCUUCACUAGCAGAGCUCAUCCAUUUUCUGUUGAUCCAUUCACAGGCACUGUCACCCUUAUCAAGAAGCUUAAUUAUACUCAGAUGCAGAGAUAUGACCUCACAGUGUUAGCAGAGGACAGAACGAAAAAGAUAUCAGGCAUUCAAAAAUUUGGAAACACUGCUCGUGUCACAGUAAAUAUUCAAAAGAUGCCCAAUAAGUCUCCAGUUAUCACACCUCCCCCAAAAGCCAAACUGUCUGCAGAUGGAAAUGUGGAUAUCAGCAUUCACGUAGAAGCUGGAAUAAAGCCUGUGGAAUCCCUUCGCAUUGUUACUGGGGAUCCCCACCAGUGGUUUGAAAUAAUCCCUUCAGGUGUGAAAAGCUCAGACUUCCAAGUUGUUUCUACAAAGAGGAUUGUUUGGUCUCAAAACCCUUUUGGACUGAAUCUGUCCCUUCAAGCUAAAGAUAGGAGCUCUCCAAGCUUUCUGUCUCCUAUUACAAAAAUCCAUGUUCCAGCCAGUCAUUAUAGACCUUUAAGCUUUCUGGAGGACACCUACACCGUCACCUUGAGUGAGUUUUCCCCUCCUAAAACUCAUGUAGUUAAAGUCUCUCUCACCUCAUUUCAUCAAAAUGUUACAUUCAGCAUCAAAAAUAAUCAGGACAGCUUGAGUUUUAAAAUAAAUUCCAGAACUGGGAUUAUCAUAACAGCAGACAAAUUUGACUAUGAGAGAAAAAAUCGAUAUGAAUUUGAUGUGGUAGCCAAUCAAGGUGAAGCAGAGACUCACAUUGUGGUCAAGAUAGCUGACGAAAAUGACAACAGCCCACAGUUCCGACAAUCGUCGUAUCAGGCUACAGUGGAUGAAAACAUCCCUGUCGGCAGCAGUGUUCUCAAAGUCGCAGCUUCAGAUAUCGAUGUAGGCAAAAACGGCUUUGUUACCUACUCCAUUGCAAGUUCAGGUCCUUUGCCUUUCACCAUAGACUCAUUUACAGGCAUCAUCUCAACCUCUGAACACCUAGACUAUGAGCUGAUGAAACGCCGAUAUCACCUGAGAGUCUGGGCUUCGGACAAUGGCAGCCCCUUUAGUCAGGUCAGCGAAUGCCCCGUGACAAUAACCCUGAACAAUUUGAAUGAUAACAUCCCUCUGUUUGAGAGAGUCAACUGCAACAUCACCAUACCUCUCGAUUUAAAAGUGGGAAGCACACUUGCUGAGGUUUCGGCCAUUGAUUUAGAUGAGUUGCAGCAGCUCCGGUACGUCAUAGAGUCGGGUAAUGAGCCUCAAAUCUUUCACAUUGAUCCUGUUUCUGGAGCAAUCUUUCUUAAAAAGCGAAUUCCACCACAGGAUGGCUCAUUUACCCUGAAAGUUGUUGCUACAGAUGGCAAGCAUCACUCUGAAGCCUCAGUUGUUAGAGUAACGGUCACAAACAAAGGUGACAAUGCCACUGUGAGCUGCCUGGAAACAGGAAUUUUUAAACAGAUGACUGAUAAACUAAUAGAGUCGAUAAAGCCAGUUUUAAUCAACCAGGAGGAAGAGUCUUUCUCAGAUAUCCACAUCACCAACCGACAUUCUCCUAAAAUUGAUAAGAGCAUUCCCAGUACUAUCGACAUUGCUGAGAACUAUCCACUUAAUUCCACCAUUCUUCGGUUCAAGGCUACAGAUGAAGACUCUGGCUUUAACAGUAAGCUGGUGUAUGCCAUAUCGACAGGGAAUGAAGAUGGCUGUUUUGCCAUCGACACAUUCUCUGGGGACCUCCGCUUGGUUUGCUCCCUGGAUAGAGAGACCAAAGAGUUCUACAUCCUUAACAUCACAGUUUACGACUUGGGAACACCACAAACAUCUGUGUGGAAAUUACUUGCUGUCACCAUAUUGGAUGUCAAUGACAACCCUCCUGUUUUUGAUCAGCCCAGAUAUGUGAUUCGUGUACCUGAAAAUUCUGAGGAAGACUCUGUUAUCUUCACGGCUCGAGCAGUGGACUUUGACAAAGAUUUUAAUGGAAAUGUCCAAUAUUCCUUCCUGACUCCCACUGACACAUUCAAAGUUGAUGAGCUGACUGGAGAGGUGAUUUUGACAGGUCUGUUGGAUCGAGAAAGCUCUCCCAGGCAUGACCUCUGGAUCAAAGCCACAGACCAAGCAAGACUCGGUCCUCAGUUGUUCUCCACCACGAACCUGGUGGUGAUUUUGGAGGAUAUAAAUGACAACCCACCUAAAUUUGUACCAACAGUCUAUCAUAUAAAAGUUGCAGAGGAUGUCCCCGUGGGAACGCUGCUUGUUUGGGUGGAGAGUGUGGACCUAGACCUGGGUAGUGGUGGUCUCGUGACGUACAACCUUAAUACAGAAAGAGAGAUCUUCCGUCUCGACUCCUCUACUGGAGCUUUGACCCUUGAGCGUGAGCUGGACUUUGAGAGGCGGCGGGCUUACAAUCUCACAGUGCGAGCCGUGGACCACGGCCUUCCACGCUCCUUGUCAUCAUCCUGCUUUGUGGAGAUUGAGGUUCUGGAUGUCAACGAAAACCUGCACAAGCCAGUGUUCACAGAGUUUGUGUAUGAAGCUGCAGUGAUGGAGGACGCAGCGGUGGGAACAUCAGUGGUAACGGUGUCAGCUUCAGACAAAGAUGUGGGUCAAGACGGAGUUCUAAGAUACCAUAUCAGUGAUGGAUCGAGGCUUGGCGUUUUCUCCAUUGAUGAAGAAACAGGGGUGAUUCGUACCGCGGAGAAGCUGGACCGAGAGAUGGUGCAGCAUUACUGGCUCUCUGUCUACGUCACAGAUCUGGGCACUGAGCCUCUGAUCUCCUGGACUCAGGUCUUCUUGGAGGUCCUGGACGUUAACGACAACGCCCCAGAGCUUUCCCAGCCCGUGUAUUUUGCAUCCAUCCAGGAGAACAUGGACAAAAGGACCUCUGUCGUCAAGGUGUUGGCUACAGAUGUGGACUCUUCCUCCCAGGGGAAACUUUCCUUCCAGAUGUUGGAAUCUCAUCGGACAUAUUUUGAUGUGGAUCCAAAAACAGGUGUUAUCAGCACACGCUCUGCCUUGAACCGCGAGGAAAAACCUGAGCACAGCAUCGAGGUAAUCGUGUCAGACAACGGGUCUCCAUCUUUGAAGUCCACCGCCACUGUAGUCAUCCAGGUCCUGGACAAAAACGACAACGGGCCAAAGUUCACAGACAAAUUUUUCGAGGUGAAAAUGCUGGAACAGCACAAAGACGACGGUAAACGGGAGGUCUGCAGGGUGGUGGCUCAAGAUGACGACGAGGGCUCCAACGCUGCCAUCAUCUACAGGCUGAAGAACGGCACCGACGAGCAGUUUCAGAUCGACCCGCUGACCGGAGCGAUUACAUCACACGGCGAUUUCUGGGCAGGGAACGACAGCAUUCUCACAAUCGAAGCCACAGAUCAGGGCAGCCCCCCACGCUCGUCCUCAACCCGCCUCAAGAUUAAAUGGGUCCGCCGUCCACCACCAUCCAGAAGACCAAUCACAUUCGACGAGUCUCACCUCAACAACGCCAUCCUGGAGACGGAUUCUGUCUCUCACAUGGUGGGCAUCGUCGAGACGGACACGGACUGGCCGUUGCUGUGGUUCAACAUCGUAGGUGGUGAUGAAGAUAAAGACUUUGACAUCCAGAGGAACACAGGAAUCAUCAAAGUCGCCAGGAAGCUCAAUGCAUCUCGCCGCUCCAACUACAACCUGACGGUGGAGGUCACGGAUGGCCACCAAAAGGCCACUACACAGGCCCACAUCCGCGUGCUGGACAUAAACGAACACCGGCCUUUCUUCCUGAAGCCGCUGUACGAGGUGAGGGUCCCUGAAGACACGGCUCCGUGGAAGGACAUCCUGCAGAUCAGCGCUCAGGACGACGACACCAACAGCAUGCUGGUGUUCUCCAUCCAGAGCAGCCUUCAUCCGGACAGCACCAAGUUCUUUCACCUGGACCCCAGGAGCGGUGUGCUGGUGAUGACGGAGAAACUGGACUUUGAGAUGAUCUCCGUUCAUACCCUCAUCAUUAUGGUGCGUGACCAGGGGCUCCCGGUGAAAAGGAAUUUUGCAAAGGUGGUAAUUCAUGUGGAGGACUGUAACGAUCACUCUCCAGUGUUCCUCAGCCCCCGUUAUGAAGCCAGCAUCUCUAAUCUGGCCCCCGUGGGCUCUGAGGUUGUCCGAGUCAAGGCCCUGGACAAGGACAUGGGGAGCAAUGCAGACAUCAGCUACUCUCUGCACUCCGGUAACAUUGACAACAUCUUCUCCAUCAAUCCUGAGCUGGGCUCCAUCAGUGUUUCCAAACCUCUGGAUCUUCAGCCUCAGGACCAGUUCCACCUAACGGUAAAAGCCACUGAUCAGGGCUUCCCUCAACGUUCUGACCUCUGCUCUGUCCACAUCCACAUCCGCAUUUCUGAUCAAACGCCACCCAUCUUCCCUGCGGAUGAAUACUUAACAGAGGUCAGUGAAAAAAGCACCCCCGGCACCCCGGUGGUCACCAUCUCAGCCUCCAGCCCAGCUGCAGUGCAUUAUGGGAUAGAGAGCGGGAACCUGAAUGACACAUUUUCCAUCAACCCCUACACUGGCUUAAUUUCCACCCAAAGAUACCUUGAUUUUGAAACCCAGGAGUCCUACAAGCUGAAAGUUAACGCCUCCACCACAGCUGGAGCCACGUCCAAGACUCUGGUCCAUAUCUAUGUGAUGGAUGAGAAUGAUAAUGCUCCUGUGUUUCCGCAGAGAGAGUACCUGGGUCAGAUCAGCGAGUCAGCUCAUUUAAACAGCAUGGUGAUGGGGGAAAGAAGCACACCUCUAGUCGUUCAGGCAUCCGACGCCGAUCAAGAUUCAAAUUCUCUGUUGACGUAUCAGAUCCUUGAGCCUGAGGCUCAGAAAGUUUUCAAGAUUGACCCGAGUAUGGGUACUAUCUCUUUAAUUUCACCAGUUGACUUUGAAGCCAAGGCUGAAUAUCACCUGACAGUGCAGGUGAAGGACUCAGGGGAACCAUCGCUGUAUGCAGCAGAGCCUGCCAAGGUCACUGUGCGCAUCUUGGACCUAAAUGACUGCGCGCCACAAUUCACCGCCUCUGUGUACGAGUCAUCCAUCAUCUUCCCGGCCAUCAGAGAUACUGAGGUUGUACGUGUCACAGCCCAUGAUGCAGAUUCGGCAGUCUCAUACAGCAUCGCUGAGGGAAAUCUGCACAAUGCCUUCUCAGUGGAUCCCAAUACAGGGGUCAUCACCGUGAGCAAUGCUUCAGAGUUCAGGUCAUUUUACCAGCUGACUGUCAGAGCUUCAGACGGACUCUUUAAAGAUUCAGCUACUGUCAAGAUAAAUGCAACUAAUCUGAUGCCAAGCGAUCUAGAAUUUCAGCAGAAAGUUUACUCAGCAAGCAUUAUAGAAAACCUAAAUACAGCGAAAGCUUUGGCAGCACUAAAAGUCUCAGGAUGCUACCUGAAUGAGCCUCUUUUAUACUCUGUCAUCAACCCCAUGGGAAAGUUUACUAUUUCCCAGAUGUCAGGCGUUCUUGAAACCACAGGCAUCCCGUUUGACCGAGAGGAACAAGAUAUUUAUGGCAUAGUGGUAAAGGUACAAGACACCAGAACUCCACCCAGAACAGCCACGGCUCAGGUCAAAGUUUUCAUAGACGAUGCUAACGAUAAUUUUCCUCAGUUUCUAAAUUUGCCUUUUUCAAUGAUGAUUUCUGAAGACUCAGAGCCGGGGGAUGUGUUGUACCAAGCAACUGCCAUUGACAAAGAUCUCGGAGAAAAUGGAUCCAUCAUGUACUCUCUGGAGGAGGAUUUUGACCUCUUUAGAAUAGAUCCGGAUGUGGGAGAUGUGUCCCUUCAAAGACCUCUUGAUUUUGAAGCCCUGAAUAAAUACGUAUUGACUGUUGUAGCCUCAGAUGAGGGAGAGCCCAGUCAUAGCACCACUGCUCAGCUCACUAUUCAAGUAAGGAACCGAACCAAUCCUGUUUUUCAAACUCUUCUUUAUCCGCUGAGAGUUCCUGAAAAUGUUCCCCCAUUCACCACCAUCCUGCACGUUCAGGCCAGAAACCCAGAGGGGUAUCGACUUAUCUACAAUCUUGAGGAGGAAAAUGCUUCAAAGCAUUUUCACAUUGAUUUUAAGACCGGAGUGCUUACCGUGACCAACCCUCUGGACUAUGAGAGCCAGACCAUGCAUGUGUUGACAGUUCGCGCUACUGACUCUGUGACUGGAGCCUUCUCAGAGGCAUCCAUUGAAAUAGUAGUGGAGGAUGUGAAUGAUAAUGCACCAGUUUUCUCACAGCUUACUUACAAUGUGAACAUCGCUGAAGGGCUUCCAGUCAGCACCUCUGUGAUCCAGCUCAGUGCUACGGACAAAGACACUGGUGCAAAUCAAGAGUUGACCUACCAGAUAGUUAAAACUAAGGGGAAUGAAGCUGAUUUCUUUGAGAUAAACCCUAAAACUGGUCUGAUUGUCACAAAACAGGUUCUGGAUCAUGAAGACAUUAAACACUUUAAUUUGAAAGUCAAAGUCAUCGACAAUGGGACAAUCCCACUCAGUAGUGAGGUGAGGGUUUUUGUAAAUGUCACCGAUGUCAAUGACAAUCCUCCUGAUUUUGUCAAUUCUGAGUAUGAAGCCACUUUAGAUGAAAUGGCCAAAUGUGGCCACAUUGUCAUUAAAAUUCAAGCUUCAGAUCCCGACUCUGAAGACCUCGAUAAUCUCAAGUACAAGAUAAUUUCAGGCAACAAGGACCGAUACUUCAACAUCAAUGAAUCGUCAGGGAUCAUCUCCUUUUCCAAUGUCUGCAAAAGAAAUCUAGAUCCUUACUACAACCUGACUGUAGCUGUGUCUGAUGGAGUGUUUCAGAAAACUGCCCCAGUCAGUAUUGACAUGAUUAACAGCAACAGGCACAGUCCCUACUUCAAAAAGACCAUCUAUGAGGCAGAGCUGGCAGAAAACGCAGAGGCGGGAACUCGCGUCAUCCGACUGGCGGCUAUCGAUCCCGACGAUGGGCCAUAUGGAAGCGUUGACUACACUAUUAUCAACAAACUGGCUGAUGAGAAAUUUGACAUCCACGAGGACGGUCAGAUUGUUACAACUCAACCGCUGGAUCGAGAAAAUCCCACUCAGAAAGUCAUAGAGAUAAAAGUGAUGGCUAAGGAUGGUGGUGGAAAGGUGGCAUUUUGCACAGUCAAAAUUAUUCUCACAGAUGAGAAUGACAAUGUGCCUCAAUUCAAAGCCUCAGAAUACCAAGUUUCGAUUCAGUCGACUGUAAAUAAAGGCUCCCCUGUUAUUCAUAUUAUGGCUUAUGAUGCCGAUGAUGGUAAAAAUGCAGACGUUACCUACAGUGUGGAUGAAGCUGAGGAAGUUGUAGAAGACAUCAUUGAGAUCCACCCUUUCACGGGAGAGGUCAGUGUUAAGGAGAGUCUGAUUGGGAUGGAAAACAAGAUCUUUAACUUUAAAGUAAAAGCUCGCGAUGGCAGCCUCCCUUUUUAUAACUCCACUGUCCCAGUUCAGCUGAAAGUGGUUCCUCCAGAGGUUCCCCUGCCAAAAUUCUCAGAACCUCUCUACACUUUCUCUGCUGCAGAGGAUUUUCCCAUCGGGUCAGAGAUCGGUUCCGUUAGGGCCGACUCCGACAUGCCUCUUAUUUACAGCCUGGUCAACGGGAACACUGUGGAAAACAACAAAGACAAAGUGUUCAGCUUGGACCAGGAGAGUGGGACUCUGCUGCUACAGAAGACCAUAGACCACGAGAAGACAAAGUGGUACCAGAUAGAUGUGAUCGCUCAGGGGAACCACAACGGGACAGACAUUGCGUCGCUGGUGUCCGUCAGGAUCCAGGUCCAGGAUGUGAACGAUAACCAGCCCACUUUUGAUGCGAGUCCAUACAGGGCCUUCCUGGCAGAAAAUAUGCCUGCUGGUACCACAAUUAUUCAGGUGACAGCCAAUGAUCCAGAUGCAAAUACCAAUGGCCUGGUUACCUACAGCUUGGAGACACUUUCUAACGACACCCAGCUAAACAUCAACGAGGUGUUCGCCAUCGAGGGAGAGAGCGGCUGGAUCACCACGCUGCAGGAAACCGACUGUGAGGCCGUCCGGGUCUACAAGUUCAAUGUGAUCGCCACGGACCACGGAGGAGACGCCAAACUCUCGUCCAGUGUGCUCGUGGAGGUGAUGGUGACAGACGAGAACGACAACCCGCCGAAGUUCACCGAUGACCUAUACCACGGCUCAGUGAUGGAGAACACCGCCCCGUUGAAACCAAUCGUCUCCAUGACGACCACAGAUGCCGACGUGUCUCUGGAGAACCGCUUAGUGACGUGUUACAUCACAGACGGAGACCCGUUGGGCCAGUUUGCUAUCAUCCAGGAGGACGAGGGUCAGUGGGGUCUGAUUGUGAAGGAGAGUCUAGACCGAGAGACCAAAGGCCAAUACACGCUGCGGGUGACCGCCACCGACGGCAAGUUUGAGGCUCUGGUCACUGUUGAUGUUCACGUGUUGGACGUCAACGACAACAGUCCAGUUUGUGAACAGCUGGUGUACACAGAAGGAGUGACGGAGAACUCACCACCCAGGAGGUUUAUCCUCAAAGUUUCAGCUUCGGACCCAGACGUGGACGCGAACGGCGAGAUCUCAUACACACUGCACGGUCCAGAUGCAGACAAGUUCCACCUGGAUCCCAGAACAGGUGAGCUGUUCACGCUGGCCGUGUUGGACCGUGAGACGCACGCAGAGUUUAACCUGGUGGCGAAGGCGACCGACGGCGGCGGCCGAUCCUGUCAGGUCGACAUCCGGCUCAUGAUCCAGGACACGAACGACAACCCACCCCUCUUCUCCUCCAGCCACUACGAGGUCACCGUGUUCGACAACACGACAGUUCGCACGCCCGUCGCCGUCAUAUACGCCAGAGACCCGGACACAGGAAUAAACUCCGAGGUGAAGUACUCCCUACUGGCUGGAGACGCCGGGUACUUUUCCCUGGAUGAGUUCUCUGGAGUCCUGCGGCUGGAGCGACCUCUGACCUCUGAGAGCCCACCCACCUUUGAGCUAAAGGUCAAGGCCGCCGACCGCGGCCUGCCUCGCAACCUGCAUUCCGUCGCCACGGUUACAGUGGAUGUGGUUUCCCUGGACGACUACCAGCCAGUGUUUCUGAACUCCGAGUACUCCGCUCAGGUCCCAGAAUCAUUGGCGGUCGGGUCUGAGGUGCUGAGCGUGUCGGCGCUCACCAGAGACGGAGGUGGUCCGGAUCCCAUCGUGUACCGCAUCAUCUCAGGAAACGAGGAUAGGCGGUUCCAGCUUGACUCACAAACAGGCCUCCUAACCCUGAUGGCCCCACUGGAUUUUGAAGUGUCCCGUGAGUACUACCUAUCUGUGGAGGGAAGUCGUGGCAAGUCGUCCCUCAGUGACAUCACGACGGUUGUCAUCAACGUGACGGACGUGAACGACAACGCGCCAGUGUUCAGACAGAGCAUUUACAGCGCUGAGAUCUUGGAGGAUCUGACGCCUGGAAGUUUGGUCAUGAAAGUAACAGCCACAGACCUGGAUGGCCCAAUUAACAAUCUGCUCCGGUACUCCAUCGUUAGCGGAGAUCUGCAGCAGCAGUUCUUGAUCCACCCUCGCAGCGGUGAAAUAUCUGUCAGAACCGCACUGGACAGAGAGGAGAUCCCUCAUUACUCUCUGACAGUGCAGGCAGCUGAUGAGGGCAGCCCUCCCCUGUCAUCGGCGGUCCUCAUCACCAUCACUGUCCUGGACGUCAACGACAACCCGCCCGUCUUCUCUCAGGUCAACCACAACCUCGUGCUGCAGGAGGGCGAGUCCAUUGGCAGCAGCAUCCUGCAGCUUGUUGUGACGGAUAAGGACACUCCAAAGAACGGCCCGCCUUUCUCCUUCCACAUCCUCAGUGGCAACAAUGACCGGCGUUUCCAUGUUGACCAGGGUGGUCUGCUGUCCCUCUCUGCACCUCUCAAGAGGAAGAGCAAACCCUACCAUCAGUUAAAGAUCCAGGUCACAGACAGCGGCCACCCUCCUCUGUCCUCUAUCUGUGUGCUCAACAUCAACGUCACCGAGGAGAGCAAGUAUCCGCCCACCGUCGUCCCCCUUGAGGUUUUCAUUACCACCAUCGGAGGGCUGUUCGCCAACCGGGUCAUCGGCAGGCUGCACGCGUCGGACCAGGACCUGCAGGACGUCCUGACCUACAGGCUGGUGUCACAAAAGCCAGAGGGGAGAAGAUUCUCUGUGGACCCGGCUGACGGUAAAAUCUGGGCCGACGAAAACCUGGAGGUGGGCUCGUACGCGCUCAACGUCAGCGUGAGCGACGGGAAGUUCCCCGUCUGGACAGAGGUCAAAGUGCACAUGUGGGCAGCCAGUCAGAGAGCGCUGGACGCUGGCCUGACGCUGCAGCUGGUGGGGAUGUCACCCGAGGAGUUCCUGGGCGAUCACUGGAGAGGCCUCCAGCAGAAAAUGGCACAGUCGCUCAGCUUAGCCAAGCAGGAGCUUUACCUGGCCAGCCUGCAGCAGCUGCCUGACACCAAGGCGCUGGAGGUGCUGCUGGUGCGGAGGCCUGAGGAGGGACUCAUCCGUUCUCUGUCAGCCAGCAAACUCCAAGGUAUAAUAGCAGAGGCCGAGAGCUCUCUGGGCCUCACAAUUACCAAGGUGAGCCACGGCGGGUGUGCGGGAGCCAGCUGUGCGCCACGAGGCUGCAGGAAGGCCGUGCUGCUGUCAGGAGAGAGGCUGAGCCAUUUCACCACAGCCAGAGCCGGUUACAUCACACCGCAGCACACCUGGGAGAGCGUCUGCUCCUGCAACGAGUCGGCUUUGAGGUUCAGCAGUACAUCCUACCUGAAGUAUCUCCACAGCAUGGAUGAGGACAGCCAGGAUUUCAGACUCUCGCUGAGAUUUAAGACUUCCCAGGAGCAGGGCAUCAUCACGUCCACUAGGGGUGCAAACGACUGGGGGGCUUUAGAGUUAACCAAAGGAGAGCUGCACUUCAGAUACAGUUGUGGAAAGGCCUCCCCAGGCAAACUGCUGGUUAGAUCCCAUCCCGUGUCAGACGGCCGCUGGCACAGCGUCCUGCUGGAGGUCAGCUCCAACUCCCUGAAACUGACCCUAGACCAGCAGCACCCGGCCUCCACCAGCCUGGCAGAGCCGUGCCGGAUGAUGCGCUCCCAUGGCGCGUUACUGUUCGCUCCUUUAUCUCAGGACUCAGUUCAAGAUCUCGGCCGGGACCCACAUCAUUUCAUUGGCUGUCUGGAGGGCCUGGAGCUCAACAGGGAGCCAAUCGCAGUGGGUGAUACGGCGGAGUUGACUGAGUCGGGAAUCAGGAGGGUGUUCGGGGUCUAUCAGUGCUGCAACAACGCAGGAGCCUGUGACAAUGAGCCGUGUCAGAACGGAGGAGUCUGCAAGGAGGACGCUGCAGGAGAGCCCCACUGCACAUGUGCAGGAAUCUUCCACGGCCCCCGCUGCGAGCUGGCCGACAACCCGUGCGUUUCACAGCCGUGCACCCAAGGCAGGGUGUGCAUACCAAAGGGUCCAGGUUACAUAUGUAACUGCUCAAUGGAGAACAAUCAAGCAAGAUGCCACAAUGACCUUGAUGUCUGUGUGCCUGGUUUAUGUCCAGGAGAAUAUGACUGCAGUGUUGUCAAUGGCUCCAUCCACUGUGAUCCGCUGCAGCUGAGGUCUAUAAAGAUUGGCUCUGUGGAAAUCAUGGAGAUCUGUGCCAGUGGUGUGGGAAUCGUCUUCCUGGUGGGAGUCUUUGUUUGCAUCAGGAAGUGUUAUGUUAAGCAGAAGAAGAAAAAACACACGUGUGUCCAGGACUCAAAUGGGUAUUUCCAGCCCAGUCUGCCUAAGAGACUCAAAGCAGAAUGCAAAGAGGUCAACCCCACUGAGGUGAGCUCAUUGGUGACCUCCACCAACAACCUGGACCACACGCCGUUCAGAUCGCUGAGGCCCCGCAGCCAAAUCAGUUCGUCGGGAGGCGGGUCCCCCAAGGCGCAGCGGCCGGUUGUGUGCAGCGUGGCCCCCAACCUUCCUGUCAGACCGCCGUCGAGCUCUGACAACGACUCCAUCAGGAAGAGCCAGUGGGACAUGGACUAUGAAGUCUACCCGGCAGACCCCGACUACUACGGACGCCCAACGGUCCGGGAGUUCCCCCAGUUUGACAUCGUGGAGGACACCUACCCCACCUCUACUGUGGACUCUCGAAGAAACUCCCGUUUUGGGGGCUUCCCAUUCCCGCUGGAUCGCUGCGAUCGGCGGGCCCCGCUGCCACCUUGCUACAGCAACCAGAACCUGGACGACUUUUUGGGGCCGGACGGUCUCCCUCUUCCCAGCUCCCAGUGCCCCAACGAGUACACCGCCAUCAGCUACUACCCGACACAGCACACCCGCAGCCUGGACAAUGUCUCUUCAGGCUAUAAGAGACUCAGCAUGCGUCUGAGCGUGGCCAUGCCAUCCUACGCUGAACAGAACAGCCCGCAGUCAGGAUUAAAUCCUGCCCAGCCUCAAACACGACACCCGGCGCAAAACCAACGCAGCUAUGAUGGGUCAAGCAUGGUGGAGAGUGAUUACGGGAGCUGCGAAGAGGUCAUGUUUUAGGACAAAAUCUACCAUUUCACGCAGAGGUCUCCUCCAUUCCUGGAGAUUAUAUUAGCUCCACACAUGAAAGUAUGCCAUCGUCAGCUACUUUUCCGUUUUAAGGCAGCUUUGUGUACAAGUACACGUCUUAGCUGGGGGUCCUACUGCAGCUGAGCUUUGAUUCCUUCCAUCCAAUCUUCUUUUCUUUCCACCCUUAUGGACAUGAAAGAACCGCUGCAAAUGACAGUUCAGAUGUCUGAUUUGUUUGACUUCCACAAGCGAUGUUGUCUCACUGUGCCAGAAUAGACGGAGGUCGUUUGAGAUUGCUCAAUCACCUGACUGGGAGAAGUUCAGCAGAAGUUCAUUUUUUGUAAAAAAAAAGAAAAGGAAAAAAAAAAAAAGAAAAAAAGAAACUGCUGAAAGCAGUCACCAGAAAAUAUGAAGAGUGUUACCGACUUGACUGCACUCUUUGGAACUCAAAAUGAGAUAAAGUACGACUUGUUUAACAAACAGGGGAGGCUCUGCCUCUCAGCAGAGGAGCGAACUAUAAAGCAUUUCGCUGCAUUUCUCACUAGAAAGCCACUCCGCACAAAACCGAUCAGUUAAUGCCUGCUCUCUGUCUUGAACAAGUGGAUAAUGUGGUUCACUAAUCAUAAAUGCAUUUUUGCUCCUGAUCUUUGUCACAUUGCAAGGAUGCCAGUAAAAUCAAGUUUAAACGUAUUAAAUGAGACACUCAGAACUUUAAAUGCUGGUUAAGCGUUUCAGUGUUUGUUUACUCCUAUGUUGUUCACAUUUCCCAAUGGGGGCUGGAUCCUCAUUUAAACGAGUGAUUUGGUGAUGUUAUUUGUGAUGUAGUAUUUUUAAAUGUGUUACACCGUCAUCAUCGUAGGGACGAUUCAGCAGCUUCAGUGUCUAUGAACAUUUCCUCCCGGAUUUUAAUGAGUGCAGAGUGGAUUCUGGUUCAAAGUUUGGGAUUAACCGCUGCUCAGCAAUGUUUCCAUGCUUGAUGUUAAUGGGAACACUUAAUAUGGAAGUUUUGCCGCAGCGAAGAAAAAGCUUGUUCAGCCAUUUAAAACGGUGGAAAAUACAAGGCUGAUUAAGAAAAUUCCUGUUUCAGUCAAAAAGCUACUUUUGCUGCAUACAGCACAUUUAAAAAAGAAAAAAA